CCCGUAUACAAUCUAGUUCGCCAUGCAGACCGUCCUCAUCAGAGUUCCACGAGAUACUCGAUGCCGCCGAAGGAUUUGAUCCUUCAAGAAAGCUAUUACAAUCAAUAGCUGAAUUGAGUCAAGAAUAGUCGGCGAGGGCAACUAUUGAAGUAGACAAACGGACCGACCUGAGGUCUUCAGUGAAGUAUAUAAACCUCUGGUUUCCUGGCCUUCCAACAGUAUCAUCAGCUCAAACUUCAUCGCAAAGCCUUCUCAAGUACAAACACACAAUCUCAAUUGAAAUCAUGAAGCUCACGAUCGGCCUCGUUGCUCUUGCCCUUCAGCUUACGGGCGUGGUUGCAGGAAGAACUCCGGACGAAGUCGCAGCUCUCACCGAGAAGUGUGGAGAUCUUGGAGUUCAGCAGGUCCCCGAAGGGGCUGACCCCGCCAACUAUCGUGACUGUGCGAACCAUCCCCUCGGAAACAACUAUCGCACCGCCAAGGAGCAAUCUCUCAGCCCAGAGGAGGGUAUCCAUGCGCGAGGCGACGUGGCCAACAUGAAGGGCGCCGAUAUCUUCAAAAGGAAGCAGCAAGCAUGCGAGUGGAACAGUAGGGAGGGUUGCAGUGGCGGAUACUGCUGGAAGUCUUGCGGCUCGCCUGGCGAAUGGUGCUGGACCGCGGCUGGUGAUGGAGGCGGCCCUUGGCUCCAAUGCAGGAGCUACAACGACUGCAAUUUCAGUGCAAACUGCGGAAAGGGAUGCAAGCCAGGAAACAACUCCUGUGGCUGCAGCUGCUAAAUGCGGAAAAGCAAGACCUGAAGAACAUCUUGAUGGCAUUUGGGCGUCAGGGUAUAGCAGUUGAAGAGAGUAGUUGUUGGGGUUAGUUCCGUGCUACAAUUGUUGGAAUGUUCGUCUG